UCGAGAAUCAGUGCAUUCCCGGCGAUCGGCAUCAGUGGUUACAAUGCUCCAGCGCGGAUUAAUUUUUACAAUCAUUUCUUGCCUCUUGGCAUCUGGAUUAGCCCAGGAGAAUGAGGCAUCUGCGUCUCUUAGCUCUUCACCGGAACAUAUAAAAAAACAGAUUCCAUCAAGCUUCGAACAGAUUGGAUCGCGGUUCUUUUACAUCUCAAGGUUUGCCCGAAAGAAUUGGUUUGCAGCCGCCGACACUUGUCGACAGAUAGGUGGCCAACUGGCGACCAUCCAGAGCGAUGAGGAGCUGGCCGCCAUUAGUCCACAUCUAAAGCGAGAGAGCUACUGGAUUGAUAUGAACGACCUGGUUGCAAAUGGCAAGUACGUGUCCUGGAGCACCGGCAAGGCGGCAACUUAUUUCAAAUGGCAUCCCAAUCAGUCUGAGGCGAAACUAAAUAAUGAACACUGCGUUGAUCUCUUCCAAGCGGAAAUGUUCUAUGGCAGCUGCUUCAAUAAGAACCUCUUCAUUUGCGAGGCAAUUGAGGAGAAUUAAGGCAACUUUUUGUAAUUAAUUAUGUUCUUUAUACAUUUUUUAAUUUUUCCUAAUUGUAAUAUGCAUUUCCAAAAGAAGGAUACAUUAUUAUCAUUAAUAAAGCAUCCUAACAAACCUAACUACUGAUUUUAACUAACAGAAAAUUGCACUGAAUAUUAUUUGAUUUAUUAUUAUAAUAUUUAAAUACAGAAAAAUGGUUUCUAUAUAAUAUACAUUUCUUUAGAGAUUAGGUUUAUACACAUUUAUGUAUAUACACUUUCUAUGUUAUCAACCAAAAACCAGGUCGCAACGUCACUCUGAAAUGAUCUCGUUAUCAGUUUAUUUCGAACGAUUGCGUCGUAGCUCCUUAUCUUAAAAGAUGUGAUCCUUAAUCCAAAAAUAAAGGUAAUAAAAAUCA